AAGCGCAGCUACAGUAUAACCGCUCAGCUGUGCAAAACUGCAGGGUCUGAUGCAGCCUGAUAUUGGAGAUCCAUCGACAGUUAAUUGAUCAAUCCGAACUGCAGACCUACAGUAGGACGACGGGGAGUUUCAAGCGGGCAGGACCAGACGAAGACAUUCGCAAUGAGCCGAGAUGCCAGUCACCAUCACAUCUGCCCACUGCUGACAAACCGCCAACACUUCACUGCAGAGGGCUAGUCUGCAAGGGAAUUGAACUAGGUCUCUAGUCAAGAAGCACUGUGAGAUGACAGAAGCCGUCUUUCAGGCGCCUAAACGACGAGCCAGGGUUUACGAGUCCUAUGCGGGUCCAUUCCCUGUGACAGUUUCUGCAGACAAAGGACAAAAUAAGGAAUGCAGGAUCUACAGAGCUGAGAUUGUAAACCAGCAUGUCCUUGUGAGAGAUCCCGAGGAUAUACAAGCCUUAUAUGGAAAGGGUUAUUUUGGGAAAGGUAUCUUAUCAAGGAGCAGACCCGAGUACAACAUUUCAGACAAGUGGCAGAAUCUUGGCUCUAGAAGUCUACCUGUAAUUUCUUCCUCCAAGUACCAGCUUCAUUUAAAUUGGGCCCAGGAUAUUUUGCGAGAGCAGGGCCUGGAUGAAGAAUCCAUUCAUCAAGCCCUUGAGAAGUACACACACCCAGUGGACCUGGCUGAGGCUAACAGGGCUGCGCUGGGGAAUGGCCUUGAACAGACAACGGGCAGCACCUCUCAGGGAAAUAACGGAGCGCUGGGAGCCCCAGCCUCACCAGCUGGUCGCAGUUCAGACAGCAGGCAGCCGGAUCGGCCCGAGUGUGAGGCGGCGUCUUGGAGUCCGGAGAAAAAGAAACCCAGGAGACAAGGGGAUCCUUGCUAUGACCCGCUGGCGGACAGCUACUCGGAUGAGCCUGUAGAGGGAGAUAGGGAGGAUCUGCGCCUUGUGAAAUGUGAUAAGCACGAUGACUGGCUUGUGCACUGUGGGUGCAGGCUGAAGGACAGGGUGAUGGAGACCAGGCCAGACACGCGUAGCCCCUCCUUCUCCCCUGGGUACGAAUAUGUACUGGUGAGGGAGGAGGAGGAAGAGGAAAUUCAGUGCGCGGGGGAAAACGAGAACUCCCUUUCCAGUUCUCAAACAACUGAACGGUUUGUUUGGCGAAUCAACCCUUUUAGGAUUAUUGAGUAUCUGCAGCUGAGUUUAGAAGAGGCCUUCUUCUUGGUGUAUGCUUUGGGGUGUUUAUCCAUUUAUCACAAUGGGGAUCCCUUAACAAUUCUUAAUCUCUGGGAAAUAUUUAGUUCAAUCCAGCCUAGCUUUCAAACGAGUUAUGUGGCCUACCACUACUUUAGAAGCAAAGGAUGGGUGCCAAAGAUUGGAAUGAAGUAUGGAACAGAUUUCUUGCUAUAUCGGAAAGGACCUCCAUUUUACCAUGCAAGCUACUCUGUUGUUGUGGAGAAAGCGGAUGAGACAUUUCAAGGGUCGGCUCUGCGGCCUUUCUCCUGGCGAUCCCUGGCUGCUCUUAACAGAAUCACAGGCAAUGUUUCGAAGGAACUGCUGCUAUGCUAUGUCAUCAGGCCUUUGGACAUGACAGAAGAAGACAUGUCCACCCCUGAUUGCUUGAAAAGGAUCAAGGUUCAGGAGAUUAUUGUGAGCAGGUGGAUAUCUUCUCGAGACCAUACAGAACAAGAAGAGAUAUAGCUCCGAAGUAAUAACUGCGGUUCGUUUCAGUCAACUCUGAAGCUCAUGUGAGAUACAACUUUUCCUGAUGGCGAGCACACACAAAAGCAUAUUUUUCACAUUCCUUAAUGUUUAUUUAAAACUAAAUCCUGCAAUGAACGCCUGCUACAUAAAUAAAUUUGAUUCCCUACCAGCAUAAACCCUGCUGAUCGGUUCUUAGUCUGAGUCUGUUAAAAAUUGUGACAUUGUAUGAGGGUUGUUUAUAUGUCAACUUGCUUCACUUCUGUGCAGGCCAAAUGCAUUAGAUUUGUGACAAAAUGGUAUUUUUAUCUAAAGUCAAGUUGAGAUUUCUGUGUUUGUUUUCCAUUUUCAAGCUUGAAAAAUAACUGUUCAGGAUUUUAGGAGAACCUACAGUAUUAUUUUUGUGCUUGAAGUAAACUAAAGUA